GUAGGACGCCGUAGUUCUCGCUUCGUUUGCGAGGCGGUGCGGGCGGAAGUGACGAUGAUCCGGCCGCGUCAUUCAAACUUGCGGAAGCGAAAUAGGGACUGAGCGGGGCGGCCGCUGUCCUGCCCUGCGGGCUGCCCUGCUCCAACGCGGGGGGACGGUGAGCGCCGCUAUCGGUGUGCGGGGCUGCGGGAGCUGACAGCACUGCGGAGUUUGAGCUCCAUCGGAGCUGCGGGAGAGGCUCUGCCCUGCUCGGGGACAAGGCGAUUCUGUGCGUUUGUCUGUGUAGGCGCUGGAAAAUGAAUUCCAAGACGGCCAAGGGUGUCAUUAUUGGUAAAUGGGGCUUAAAGUCCGGUAGCUCCAGGCCGGAGAGCGAUCUGCAGAAGUACAAGCAGGAGAACGCAGCCCUGAGGAAAUCCCUGGAGGAAGUCAGCAAAGGGAAGGGCCGAGCAGAGGACACGGAGCGCAGCCGGCUGCAGGAGAAAAUACUUUGUCUUGAAAAAGAAAAAGAAAAAUAUAACCAUCUUCUGGGAGAGAAGGACAAAGAAAUCCAAAACCUAAGAGACAGGCUUAAGUCCAAAGGCAAGAACAGUGAAGUCUCCUCAUUACACAGUCAGCUAGAAGAAAAAAUGAAGGAAGCAGAAAGGAGAGAACAGCUACUUAGUUCUCUAACAGAAGAAAUGAACCGAUUAAAAUGUAAUUUAUCCACUAUUACUGCAAAAUGUUCUGAGAUUGAGAACAGAUCUGAUGGUUCUCAGGCAUCCCAGGAAGCUGUAACAACCGGUCCUGGGUCUUCAACUAAUCUUAGUGAAGUCGAGAAGCAGUUAAAAGAUGCUCUUGAGAAAAACCAGCAGUGGUUACUGUAUGACCAGCAACGUGAAGUGUAUGUCAGGGGACUGCUGGGAAGGAUCUUUGAACUUGAACAGAGGUCAGAAAUUGUUAGUCAGCAACAACCCAAAGAAUCUAAUGCAGAAGGUCCUCUACAAGAAGAAAUGCAAAAACAUUAUGAUCAGCUCUUACGAAAUGCAAAGAGUGAUCUUGAAGCUGAAAGAUGCACUGUAACCCAGUUGAAAUGUGAACUUAAUGAGUUCAAAAAGAAGUACGAACAAAGACGUCAAGAAAUAAUGAGCUUAAAUGCCUUACUGCAGUCACAACAGAUUGUUGAAAUGAAGAAUCAAGAAAAUGAAAACAAAAUUAAAGAAGAGAAAAUACAGAUGCUAAAACAAGAAAACGAAAGUAUUAAAGUGCAGCUGAGAGAGGAAAAGAAAAAGUCUGAAGAUCUCUUAUCUCAGGUACAGCUUCUUCGUAAGUCCUUGCUCAAGCAGCAGGAGGAACAUGCUAGGAUAGCUUUGUUGGAACAACAGAUCCAAAUAUGUACUGCAGACUUGGAGAAUGAAAAGCUUGACCGCCAGAACUUGAAGCAUCAGUUAAACAAAAUCUUUAAGGAGCUAUUCAAGGCUAGAGAGCAAAUAACUCGCCUUGAACCUCUGAUGCUCCAGGAGUGUGGACUUACGGAACCACAAGAUGAUUUGAAAGUUGUGUAUGAAGAGAAGACUGCAGCAUAUGAUAGUAGUCCUUCCCUGAGACAUUCAAAUCUCCUUGAUGAAAGUUUCCUUGAGUGUCCCAGAUGUAAAGCACAGUAUCCAACAAGUCAGCACAGAGAAUUAUUAGCGCAUAUUGAUUUCUGUACAGCCUAAGCUCCAAAUGGACUUGCAUUUGCUCUCUACGCAUUGCCAAAAUACUGUUUAAAAAGGCAAAAUAUUUUUGUAAAACUUUUCUUUUAAGCUUGUAUGAAGGACUCUCUGUUCAAUGAAAACAGUAACUUAUUUGGCCUCAGAUAUUCCACAUAACUCUUGUGGGAGUGGUCAUUGCAUUUUUGCUCGAAAAUGGAAAUAUUUGUAGAAUUAGGGCUCUUUUCAUACAGUAAACUACUGAUUUUUUUAUUUUUUUUUUGCACUAUUAAAAACAAGAGCAUUUCCAGUUCUGAAACUAACAGAAAAUGGAGUGUUUACUGACUUGUGAUCACAGUAUAAUUCUUUCUUAAAAUCUACUGUAAACCUGGGUUUGUUGUGAGCAUUUUCCUCAUUUUACCUAUAAUGAAGUCCAAGCUGUUAUCAUAAGAAUGAUGAAAUUGAGGACUACUUUAAAGGUGAAAAUUAAUAUAAAUUAACUUCUCUUACAAAUCUAUGGUUUGCUGAGACCAGCAAAUUACCUGCACUCAGGCUGUAAGGUAAGUCUAUCUCUGGUGUACCAUUUUGAAUUGUUAGCCAGUGUCAAAUUUUCACCAUAGUUUGCUGUAAAAUUUUGUGUAUCUAUCCCAUAAGGUUCUUCCUACUCUUAAAUGGUUAAAUAUUAUUUUUGUGUAUGGAGUAUUUCCAAUGUUGUUUCCAAUUACUAUUAUAAUAUUGCAUCAUAUUAUUAAAAGCUAAUAUUUAAAGACAA